GCAUUGGUGUGGCGCGCACAUACACACACACACACAUACACAGAGGGGGAGAGAGAGAGAGAGAGAGAGAGAGAGAGAGAGAGAGAGAGAGAGAGAGAGAGAGAGAGAGAGAGAGAAUGUCGGACGUUGUGCUGGUGGUCCGUGAAUGGGUGGGCGGCAAGGAGGUCGUCGUCAAGGAGACGAGGCACGAGAAGGGCAAGGAGCUUCAUCGAGAUAUGGAGUGGGGCCCCAACGUGGAACUGCGGGAGAGUCGUACUUACUACUCGCUUGUGGAUGGUCUCAUCGCCAUGCAGAUCGUAGGAGGGCUGGGGUAUGAUGGCGAGAACAACCUCAUCAAGGUCGUCCUGUUCGUCCGGAAGUUAUCUGCCAUCGUCCCUGACACGUGGCAGAUGCCGGCACGUGAUGUCGUUGGCGAUGUCGUGAGGUUCCUGGUAUCUGCCCUGGCCGAAGAGCACAUGGGUGCGAUGCACGGGAAUGCGUCGUACAUGGCGCAUAUGGAGCCCCCCCUGCGCGAGAGAGGUUACCUGCACGGGGCGGUCCGAACUUGGUCCCCGGAGGACGACAUACGGGCUGUGACGAGGAGGUGGUAGAGAGGAGCGUGGCAACGUAUGAGCAUGAGCAGAGCAGUGGAAGGAACGCAUGCAACCAUAAAUGUGAUGUAAAGAAGGGAAACAAUUCAUGUUCUCCGCUGGCAUUAAUGAAUGUAUUUUCUUCAA